GGGGAGAAGGAGGAGGAGAGACCUCACACUGUUACACAGCCUGAAAGCAACAGGCAGGACAAAAAAAGGGACCUGAGUGCAGGAUCCUGGGACCCCUGGACCCCUGUGACCCACUUAUCUUCACUGGAUUGAAGCAUCUUCUGCAAGGGGGAAGAAGUGAAAGGUGUAGCAGCUGCUAACAGGAUGCACCAUGAGGAGAUCUCACCCAUGCUUAGACCUAGAUAUGGCUCCAUCGUGGAUGAUGAAAGGCUUUCUGCAGAGGAAAUGGAUGAGAGGAGGCGACAAAACAUUGCUUAUGAGUAUUUAUGUCACCUAGAGGAAGCAAAAAGGUGGAUAGAAGCUUGUCUUGUUGAAGAACUGCCGCCAACUACAGAACUGGAAGAAGGUUUAAGAAAUGGGGUUUACUUGGCAAAGUUAGGCAGAUUCUUUGCUCCAAAAUUGAUAUCUGAAAAGAAGAUUUAUGACGUGGAACAGACGAGGUUUAAGCGCUCUGGUUUACACUUUCGGCAUACAGAUAAUACUGUACAGUGGUUGCGGGCUAUGGAAUCAAUUGGGCUCCCUAAGAUCUUUUAUCCAGAAACCACAGAUGUUUAUGAUCGGAAAAACAUCCCCCGUGUUAUAUAUUGCAUCCAUGCAUUAAGUUUGUACCUGUUCAAACUUGGCAUUGCACCUCAAAUACAAGACUUAUUGGGCAAGGUGGAUUUUACAGAGGAAGAGAUCAGUAACAUGAGGAAAGAGCUGGAAAAGUACGGGAUCCAGAUGCCGUCAUUCAGCAAGAUUGGGGGAAUUCUGGCUAAUGAACUCUCUGUGGAUGAAGCAGCCUUACAUGCAGCUGUGAUUGCCAUUAAUGAAGCCGUAGAUAAGGGGGUCGUCGGCCAGACCAUGGUGACCCUGAGGAACCCAAAUGCAAUGCUGUUAAAUGUGGAGGAGGGACUGGAGGAGCAGUAUCACGAUGAGCUCUACCAAGCUAAGAAAAUAAAAGAGGACAAUGCAAAAUUAAAGAACAAUAGUAUUUCUGAAGAAGAGAGAGACGUCUAUGAAGAGCUUCUCACCCAAGCAGAGAUACAGGGCCACGUUAAUAAGGUUAACACCAAUGUAGCCUUAGUCCAAGUAAAUGAGGCCAUUGACAGGAAUGAUGAGGCGGGAUUAUUACAGGCUCUGAUGAUUCCUGUUCUGAGCCUUUUUGAUGUUCAGCCACAAAAUUCACCCUGGUACCUGACUCAGUUGUGUUUCACUAAGGACCAGAAAACGCAGAAAGCAGGUGUCCCCAGUUCUCUUGACAAAAGCGAGAUUCAGAAAGAAGUUAGUGUUGCCAAUAAUGAAGCUGAGGCUCAUGUGCUUACGCUUGGAGCCGUGGAUAAAAUAAAUAACGCCAUACGUAGUGGAGACUCCUCCCAGACCCUGGCGGCUCUGCAGCUUCCUGAGGCACAUAUGCCGGCUGUCCACCCAUUCGCAGAGUCUUUGUACCAGAACGAACUCUUGAGUCUCCAAAAUCAAAAUCCCGCGAACCACUUGACACAGGAAGAGCUGUUUAUUGCCGUGGAGAUGUUGUCUGCUGUCGCACUGCUGAACCAAGCUUUGGACACAAAUGACGUCACCUCUGUCCAGAAUCACCUUGUCAGUCAAUCCAUAGGUCUGAAUAAUAUGGAAGAAGACAACAUGCCGCGUUAUGUCACAUCACUGGUAUCCAGUAAGAAGAAAGCUGUGACACAAGGACAGAGCUACCUAAGUUGGAAUGAAAUUCAGAACUACAUUGAUGUAGUCAAUAGCGAAAUCCAAGAAGAAAACGAACGGAUUAUUGCCAUUGGUAUCAUUAAUGAAGCCCUAGAACAGGGCAUUCCUGAGAAUACGCUGCAGGCUCUUUUGGCACCAAGUGCCAAAAUUCAAGCAGUUUCACCAGAAAACGCCCAUCAUUACCAUGAUGUCCUCCAGCUGGCCAAAGUUCAGAAAUGCAAGGAAUCCAAGGACGAGUCUGCCGCACUGUGGCUGGAUGAAAUACAGAGUAGAGUCAAUGAUGCCAACCAAGACAGUCAAGAUGCAAACAGAGUGGCAGCUGGUGUGGCAGAAAUUAACCUAGCUUUGGAAAAGAAUGAGCCUCAACAUACAUUGCUAGCACUACAGUCACCUAAUGCUGGACUAAAGGGGAUUCUACCAGAGUGUGCCGAGGUGUAUCACAAAGACUUGUCAGAGGCCAAGAAAAAGAAGGCAAAUGAAGGUUCCGCAGAGACAGAAGAAAGUUCAUGGCUGGAAAUAAGAUUGAAAGAUAAAUUUGACUACUAUUAUAAUGCUGAAACAAGUGAAGGCGGCUGGUCCCUCCCAGAAGGAAUUACUCCGAAAACCACUUGGCUUAGCCGAGAAGAUAUUCAGACCAUUUGUGGAAAAAUUACCUCUGAUUACAACCGGGAACAGCUGUGGAUGGCCAACGAAAACUUGAUUACUCUGCUGCAAGCUCACAUGAGGGGCUACCUGUCCAGGAGGGCAUACCAGAAGAGGAAAGCUUACCUAAACCAACAAGAGCCAUAUGCCAUUAAAAUACAGGCCUCCUGGAAAGGAUACAAGCAGCGAAAGUCCUACACAGACAGAAUAAAACUACUACAAGGAAACAUUGUAGGCAUUGUCAAGAUUCAGGCUUGGUACCGAAUGAUAAAAGCCAGAAGAGAAUACAAGAAGAGACAGAAGUUCUUUAAGGAUCAUGAAAAAGAAAUAGUUAAAAUCCAGGCAUUCCUGAAAGCUAACAAAGCAAGGGAGGACUACCGGACGUUAAUCUGCUCAGAAAACCCACCUCUGAACGUUGUGCGAAAAUUUGUCUAUCUCUUGGACCAAAGUGAUUUAGACUUUCAGGAGGAGCUGGAAGUGACCAGACUAAGAGAAGAAGUAGUCACCAAGAUUAGGUCCAAUGCACAACUGGAAAAAGAUCUCAACCUCAUGGACAUUAAAAUAGGCUUGUUGGUGAAAAACAGGAUCACCCUGCAGGAUGUUGUGUCUCACAGCAAGAAGCUGAACAAGAAGAGCAAAGGUCAAGUAGAGGAGAUGCUGACAGAUAAGCAGGGAAUUAAAGGGCUCAGCAAGGAGAAACGGAAGAAGCUUGAAGCGUACCAGCAUCUUUUUUAUCUUCUUCAGACCAACCCAACCUACCUGGCCAAGCUGAUUUUCCAGAUGCCUCAGAAUAAAUCCACCAAGUUUAUGGACACUGUGAUCUUCACACUGUAUAAUUAUGCCUCUAAUCAACGGGAAGAAUACCUCCUUUUAAAACUCUUUGAAACUGCACUGCAAGAGGAAAUCAAGUCCAAAGUUGACCAGAUACAAGAUAUAGUCACCGGGAAUCCAACAGUGAUAAAGAUGGUGGUCAGCUUUAAUCGAGGAGCAAGAGGGCAGAAUACAUUGCGUCAGCUUCUGGCACCUGUGGUGAAAGAGAUAAUUGAAGAUAAAUCAUUGAUUAUCAAUACCAACCCGGUUGAGGUGUAUAAGGCCUGGGUGAAUCAGCUAGAAACAGCCACUGGGGAAGCAAGUAAACUACCUUACGACGUUACCACGGAGCAGGCGUUGUCACAUCCCGAAGUUGUCAGUAAACUGGAGUCUUCCAUACAGAGUUUACGUACCGUGACAGACAAAGUCCUACAGUCCAUCUUCUCCUCUGUGGAUCUCAUCCCCUAUGGAAUGCGAUACGUGGCAAAAGUUCUGAAGAAUUCCCUGCAUGAAAAAUUUCCUGAUGCCACAGAAGAUGAACUCUUAAAGAUUGUUGGAAACCUCCUUUAUUACCGGUACAUGAAUCCUGCCAUUGUAGCUCCAGACGGGUUUGACAUCAUUGACAUGACAGCAGGAGGGCAGAUUCAUUCAGACCAGAGGAGGAACUUGGGGUCUGUGGCCAAAGUCCUUCAGCACGCGGCUUCUAACAAACUCUUUGAUGGAGAGAAUACCCACUUGUCUUCUAUGAAUGGCUACUUAUCUCAGACUUACCAGAAAUUCAGAAAAUUCUUUCAAGCUGCCUGUGAAGUCCCCGAACCGGAGGAGAAAUUCAAUAUCGAUGAAUUUUCUGAUUUGAUCACUCUAAGCAAGCCCGUAAUAUACAUUUCAAUAGAAGAAAUCAUCAAUACUCAUUCGCUGCUUUUAGAACAUCAGGAUGCGAUUUCUCCUGACCACAAUGACAUUCUGCAUGAGCUUCUCGAGGCGCUUGGUACUGUGCCUGACGUCGAGUCUUUUCUUGGUGAGGGAGCAGUGGACUCCAGUGAUCCCAACAAAGAGAAUACCUUAAGUCAAAUGGCAAAAACAGAGAUAUCCCUCUCAUUAACUAGCAAGUUUGAUUUGCGGGAAGGAGAAGAUAAAGAUAUGAAGAGUCUAAUGAUCAAGACUAAAAAGUUAAUAGUAGAUGUUAUUCGUACACAGCCGGGGGAAAGACUCUUAGAAAUCUUGGAAACGCCAGCUUCUGUGCCACAGGAAAAUGAACACUUGAAGGUUAUCGAGAAACGUGCUGCUCUUGAUGCUAGGACACCAGAUAAAAUGAAGAGGAGUCAGUCUGUUUUAGAAGAUGGUCAGCUUCCCUUGGAACAGAAGAAAAGAAAAAUCCUUCGAAAUCUCCGCGUUUUAGAACAGGCCGGACUUGUAUCAGAGGAAAUGAAGUACCAAGAAAUCAUCAAUGAGAUUGCGAAGGACAUCCGUAACCAAAGGCGACACAGGCAACGGCGAAAAGCUGAACUUGUAAAGCUCCAGCAGACGCUCAAUGCCCUCAACUCCAAGACCGCGUUCUUUGAAGACCAGAUCACUUAUUACAACACAUACAUCAAGACGUGUCUGGACAACCUAACUAGGAAGAAUUCAAGGCGUUCUAUAAAAGUGGAUGGGAAAGGAGAAGAGAAAGGCGGCAGCAGCAAGAAAAUGAAGCAUUCCACCCUGAAAUAUACAGCAGCGAGACUACAUGAAAAGGGCGUCAUUCUGGAAAUAGAAGGCCUGCAGACCAAUCAAUUUAAAAAUGUUCUCUUUGACAUCACACCUGGAGAUGAAGUUGGUGAUUUUGAAGUGAAGGCAAAGUUUCUCGGGGUGGAGAUGGAAAAGGUCCAGCUUCACUUUCAGGACCUACUGCAAAUGCAGUACGACGGUGUUGCUGUAAUGAAAAUGUUUGACAAGGCAAAAGUCAAUGUGAAUCUCCUCAUAUUUCUUCUAAACAGGAAAUUUUAUGGAAAAUAAUUAAUAAUAUAAAUGAGUUCAGGUUAAAUACAUGGGAACGCUUGGGUUAAAUCAGUUUCAAAAUUAUUUUUUGUAAUUUCUUUUUAUUUAAUAUAUUAAUUCAAGUCCUUGUGAGAGCAAAAUCUUUUUGAAUUUUUAAAAAAAUACCAUAGUAAGUUAGCCAAAAUUUCUAAGCUGAUUGUAUUUAAGGUGCCUUUAACCCCUUCAACGACAGGGAAAUCCAGGCUCCCCUGAGAUUUUAACCGUCCCACACUGAAAGGAGUUAGCAGUGCGUGGUUGCACUUUAGCAUCUGUACUGCACAUGUUACAGGUAAUUUGAUUUUUCUGUGGGAGACACAGGUUAAUAUAUAAAUGCUUUCAAUUUUACUAGAUUUCUAAAUUCACUGACAAAAUAAAAUACACUAUAAAAAUUGUUAUAUAUUUUUUAUAAAGUGCUGAAUCUAAAAAAAAAAAAAAAAAAAAAAAGCAACAAAAAAAGUUAAAAGAAAAAAAGAUACUUAUUUGUAGUGUUAUUACGCUCACAGCAGUCAAUCUAGUGUGACAAAAAAGUUUAAAAAAAAAAUUGUCGGUGCUGAUGGCUUCAAAGUAACAUUGCAAAGGUGAAUUUUUGGGGAAUUUUGUAAUGUUUUUUUCUUUUUAGUAAAACAUAAUUUAUAAAUGGCAAGAAACUAUUUACUGUAAACAUUGCAUGACCUGGACUUCUGAAUUAAUGCACUACUGCCUAUGUUGGCCCUUGUAUUCUACUCUCUGGCAGUGAGGUAUCGGGGUGAUGAUAGCUGUUUUAGGUUCAGAGGUUUAGCCACCUCAGUGCUGUGGUAUGUGUCUUGGAAGAAUAAAAGCAAUACAGUUCGGUUCAUUGCUUUCUCUUCCAUCACUGAAUAGGCUACACAAUGUUUGGUUUGUGCCUUUUUAUAUGUCUACUGCUCCGUCUUUGUAAUUUUCUUUAUUUUUUAAUGCAAUAAAAUUAAUUGUUUCAUUAAAAAGAGAUUAUAUGUAAA